AUGAUCUCUUCCCCUGCUGGUGGCGCUAGAACCUUACGGUAUAUUGUUCCGGGAAGACUGAUCCUGGUUCUCGUCAUCAUAGCCUCGUCUGGUCGGGGGUGGGAAGUGAUGUGUUGUCACGACGAGGAGAGGAAGGCUUUGCUUGAGAUCAAGACGUCUAUCAAUUUCCCCAACAAAGGCUUGGCCUUACCCGAUUGGGGCAACUCAACAACAGAAGUAGGAGAAGACUGCUGCCAAUGGCCUGGCAUAACCUGUGACUUCAACACCGGUCACGUGGUUGAGAUCGAUUUGUACAGCGAGAGGAGUUCUGCGAAGGAGACAUGGAGCCCAAACCUCACCAUGUUGGCGGAGUUAGGGCAGCUCAAGAAGUUGAAUUUGGGGCUCAAUAAAAUGAACGGUGGCAUUCCAGAGGGUAGGUAA